CCUUAGAAUAAAAAGAAGCGGGGAAGAGGACCCCGAGCAGCGCUGCAAAAUGUUAGAUUCCCUCGCUUUGCUUUUGGAGAAAACCUUUCUUCUCGCGCAUUUCAACUUUUUCAGCCCGGCCCCGUCCAAGCAGGAACGAUGCGCAAAGCGCCGCGAGGACGGCGCUUGCUUCCAGCGCGGGGAUCUGCUGGAGGUUCCGCGCACUUUGUUCACUCACUUUGGCAUUUACCUCGGCGACGACAGAGUCGCGCACCUUAUGCCCGACAUACUGCCGGUUCUGACGAGCAACGCCUCUCAGAUCCAGAAGGUUGUGACGAACAAGAGGUUGCUGCUCGGCGUGAUCUACAAGUACGCCUCGGUGCGGGUGGACACGGUGGAGGAUUUUGCCUACGGAUCUCCGGUUCUGCUCAACACAAUGGAUACUGCCCUGAGGAGACAGCCGCUGGCCGCCGAGGAGGUCGCCAGGAGAGCUGAAAAACUUAUCGGUCAUUCCUACAGUCUUUUGUGGAAUAACUGCGAACAUUUUGUCACGUACUGCCGCUACGGGACAGCGGUCAGCGUGCAGACGGAGCAGUUCUGCGAAAAUUUAAAAUCGGUAAUCCGGGACCAGAGGAGCGUUCUUCUGACCACUUUCAUCGGAAUGCUUUCCAUGUUUUUUCUUGGAAUAGCUCCGUCCACCGCACUUCCAACCUUUAUCAUUCCUUUCAUCUUGUGGAUGGCUGGAUGACACUUCAACUCUGAACGCCUAUAAACUAUUUACCUAUAAAAAAAUAUUUUUGGCUUUGUUAUAGAAUUGCUAACUUAAUCCUUUUCAUUGUUUUUUACCUUGAUGUACCCUAUUAACAUUUUUACUUUGUUGUAAAUACUUGGUUUUUAUGACACCCUUUUUCUGAAAACAUGCUGUACAGUUUUAGCAAGUAAAUAAAUAUGUUCAAAUGGC